AACAGCCGUCGACCAACCCCAGGCACAUAUCUCCGCCGUCGCCGCAGCCAAGAUGCAGAACGAAGAGGGACAAAACAUGGAUCUCUACAUCCCCAGGAAAUGUACCGCCACAUAUAGACUCAUCACCUCGAAGGAUCACGCUACUGUCCAGAUUAACAUUGGACAUCUAGAUGAGUAUGGCAUUUACAAUGGUCACUUCACCACUUUUGCUCUCUGUGGAAAAGUCAGAGCUCAGAUCCCUUGUGGUUUAAUUAAUGCCCUUUGGGAGCUUGAUUUUGUUCUUAGUUUUCGAUACUGAAUAUUUCAUACAUUAGAAUGUUAGUAGCCUUUAAUCUGUAUGAUUUAAGAUGUAUUAAGAUAUGAAUUCAUCACCUGCUGGAUGCAUUUAUAUGUUUGGGCUUCUGAGUUCUGUUCUGGUUGGGGAUGGGGAUGGGGAUGGAUGUUGUAUUUUUCGUUAACAUUCCUUGGUAUUGCUUUAUGAAGGUUGUAUCAUGAGGUUUUGGAAUUAACAUAGUGAAAUAUU